UUUUAGUACAGACAAAUUCCCACGUCAACGCAGUCGGAAAAAUUUCGGCUCCUGUCAAGUGCUUUUUUCACCUCACCAUCAUCGGAAGGAUUUGCAGUACAAUAUUUUAACUUUUAAGUGAAAAAUUUCAUUUUUCCAUCGAAAAAUCAUCUCCCCGAGCCGCGUAAAUCAUCAUCCAUUAGCUUUACCAUGGAACGAAAAUAAUCACCCUUCGGCAGCUCAUCGAUUUUAGCUUAUGGUAGCGGGCACCUGGAAAGGGAAUCCGGAUUUUCUCCUUCACGGUUCAGUGUACUAGAGAGCACUGGUUGCGUUUCCCCAGCGUUCGGAUCGGAUUUGUCCCCUGUGGGGAAGUAUUCAGGCAGAAGUAGUUGAGGAGGUGGUCGUUUUAGAUUCACCGGAUCAUUUAACAAAAACGACAACAACAGGGUAGAACCGGUAUGACAGCCGAGAAGCCCCGGAAAAGCGGGUCCCUGGACGAUCUGGUCCAGUAUGUCACCCUCCAUGUUCCGACGCCGGUGGCGCUUAGUGGAAGCGUCCUGCCGUUUAUGCUAAUCUAUGCGCUUUGGCUGUAUCUUUGGGUUUUCGUCUACGGUGUGGAGGAAUAUGGUGAAGCCGGACUGCUAGCCCUUGCCGGGAUCGGUUUCGUCCAUGUGCUGGUGUGCCUGUGCUGCUUCUGGAGCGUUCACGUGCAAACAUUCCUCAACUGCCGAUCGGCUCAAACGGCUGAAAAAGCGACUGUCGCCAAAGUUGUGCCCACGGAAAACAAUGGUUCCUCGGAGCUGGUGAAGAUUCGUCAAACCAAGCCGGACCCAGCUGACUCCGGGAAGGGGUCCUCGGAGGAAGUUAUCUAUUGGUUCCUGUUCCAGAAGACCAAGUACGUGUGGGACCCGGAAAAGAAGCAAUUCCGAAAUGUGGAGUUUCCAAUCCACAAAACCUACGAAGAGUACUUCGAAUCCAAGGGUCACCUGGAUGACGCGGAUGUGGCUUUGUCGGAGCGAACGUACGGAAACAACGCCAUGGAAAUGGUGGUCCCGGAAUUUUUGGAACUUUUCGUUGAGAGGGCAACGGCGCCGUUUUUCGUGUUUCAAAUAUUUUCAGUACUGCUGUGGUGCUUGGACGAGUACAUGUAUUAUUCGCUUUUUACACUUGGGAUGUUGAUCUCGUUCGAAUGUAUCCUGGUCCAGCAACAGCUCCGAAACAUGUCGGAAAUUCGCAAGAUGGGAAACAAACCUUAUCUCAUCAAUGUUUUUCGGCAACGUAAAUGGCGACCGAUGUUGUCCAAUUCGCUGGUACCUGGAGAUUUGGUUUCGAUAACCCGGUCCCAGGAUGAAAAUUUAGUUCCAUGCGAUUUGCUCUUGAUUCGAGGAACGUGUAUUGUGGACGAGAGUAUGCUCACGGGAGAAUCCGUACCGCAAAUGAAAGAAUCGUUGGAAAAUACGGACGAUCACAAGAAACAGUUGGAUGUCGAUUCAGAUGGAAAGUUGUACGUUCUCUUCGGAGGCACCAAAGUUGUUCAACAUUCUUCGCCUAGCAAGGGUGCAAUGCGAGCCCCGGACAGUGGCUGUAUCGGUUACGUUUUAAGAACCGGUUUCAAUACAUCGCAGGGAAAGCUGUUGCGGACCAUUUUGUUUGGAGUUAAACGAGUGACUGAAAAUAAUUUGGAAACCUUUGCAUUUAUUCUGUUUCUGAUGGUAUUCGCUGUAACGGCUGCAGUUUACGUAUGGAUUAAGGGGUCAGAAGACCCGGAGAGAAAUCGUUACAAAUUGUUCCUAGAGUGUACACUGAUUUUGACCUCAAUCAUUCCACCGGAUCUACCGAUCGAGUUGUCGCUGGCCGUUAAUACGUCGUUGUUGCAACUUUCGAAGUUGUUUGUAUUUUGCACUGAACCGUUCCGAAUUCCGUUUGCCGGCAAGGUUCAGAUUUGUUGCUUCGAUAAAACUGGAACGUUGACGAGUGACAAUUUGGUUGUGGAAGGCGUGGCCGGUCUGAAGAAAGAUACAGGAAUAACUUCGAUCUUGGAGAUUCCAGAGAUGACCGCUCAUGUUUUGGGAUCAUGUCAUUCUUUGGUUCAAUUGGAAGAUGGACUUGUUGGCGAUCCUUUAGAAAAAGCCACCUUAAUGGCUAUAGACUGGAAUUUAACAAAAGGUGAUUCAGUAGUUCCAAAGCGUGGCAAGUUCAAACCUUUACGAAUCUAUCAGCGUUUCCACUUUUCAUCAUCUUUGAAGCGGAUGUCGGUUUUGGCCGGGUACCUAGCACCGUUAAGCAGUGAUACCUCCUACAUUGGAACCGUGAAAGGUGCCCCGGAGGUUUUGAUGAAGAUGUUGAAAUCGGUUCCGGAGAAUUAUGAAGAAACAUACUUGGAAUAUUCGCGGCGAGGCGCUCGGGUUCUUGCUUUAGGAUACAAAUCUUUCGGAACUCUUGACCACGCCACUGUCCGUGAACUGAAAAGAGCUGAUGUGGAGAAAGAUUUAGAAUUUGCUGGAUUUAUCAUCAUUUCCUGUCCGCUUAAACCCGAUUCGAAGUACGCCAUCAAAGAAAUCAUUCAGGCAUCGCAUAAAGUUAUGAUGAUCACGGGUGAUAAUCCGCUUACUGCUUGCCAUGUGGCCAAGGAACUACGCUUCACAAAGCGCACCAUUGUUGUUCUACUUAAAGAUGAAAUCGAAAAUCUGUGGCGUUGGGAAUCUAUCAACGGAGAUGUUAAAAUUCCUCUCACCGAGAAGCGAUCGGUAAAAGAUCUCUACAAAGAACACGACUUUUGCAUCACCGGCGAAGGUCUUCAAUAUCUAGACAAUGAGCAUCACUCGUACCUGAUGCAACUGAUGCCUUAUGUAACGGUAUUUGCCCGAUUCGCUCCGAAGCAAAAGGAAUACGUUAUAACGACCCUUAAACGGUUGGGAUUCUAUACCCUGAUGUGUGGUGACGGAACCAACGAUGUGGGCGCCCUUAAGCAUGCCAAUGUAGGCGUUUCGCUGCUCAGCCAUGUUCCGGUGCGAACCGAGCGUAGAAUCCGUGCUGGUGCUGGAGAAGCUGAUGGCACGAUUGCUGCAACAGUCGAUAAGAAAAAAGACAAGCAAGAAGAAAGAAAGGCCUUGACACCGCGUGAUCGAGCCAUCUUGAAGCAUCGCGAAAAUCUAAACUCGACCCAGGAACGCCUACAAAAAGUGCUGAAGGAAAUUGACGAUGACCAGGUUCAGAUUGUCAAGCUAGGUGACGCCAGUAUCGCUGCCCCCUUCACCAGCCGAUCUUCUUCGAUUAAUUGCGUUUGUCACAUCAUCAAACAGGGCCGUUGCACUCUGGUUACAACGCUGCAAAUGUUCAAGAUUCUAGCCCUGAAUGCACUGAUUUCCGCCUACUGCCAAUCAGUCCUGUACAUCGACGGCGUCAAGAAUAGUGACACCCAGCUGACGCUGCACGGAUUAUUGACGGCGGCCUGUUUUCUGUUCAUAACCCGGUCGAAGCCGCUGAAGGUGCUCUCGAAGCAAGCGCCACUGCCGAACAUUUUCAACCUCUACUCGGUGACGACAAUUCUGGCCCAAUUUGCGGUACACUUCACGGCCCUGGUCUAUCUGGUACAGGAGGCAAAUCUGCGAUCUCCGCCAAGGGAAGGCAAAAUCAAGCUCAAUUUGGAUCUGGGUCCAGACGAGAAGGACGAAUUCGAACCGAACAUCGUCAACAGCACCGUGUACAUCAUAAGCGUGACGAUGCAAAUCGCAACGGUGGCUGUCAACUACAAAGGCCAUCCGUUUAUGGAAAGCAUGCUGGAGAAUCGGUUGCUCUCCUAUGCCAUUACGAUUUCCAGUACGAUUGUGCUCUGCCUGGCCUUGGGUAUCGUUCCCGAUUUGUUGACCACCUUUGAAGUCAUCGAUUUUGAUUCCGAUUUUCGAAAAAUUCUCGUUGGAGUCCUGGUGGCAGACGUAGCUUUGGCCUUCCUUGUCGAUCGCCUUUGUUCGUUCCUUUUCGGUGAGAUGCGUAAAAAGACGGAUAUAAUCGCUUAGUUGGAGCAACGAAAUUCGUCGGAAACAGCACCAGAUCUUUAGCGAAGCUGAGAGUAACUUAUAGAACAAUGUUUAAGUAUGAAAGACGGUAGAUAAGAGCUAGCGACCCUGCUGAUGGAGGACCGAGUGUGAUAAUGUUAUAGUUAUAAACCAAUUUGUCGCCCCUACGGGAGGCACCAGAAAGCACUUGGAACUGUUUGACUCUGUGUUGCAUGCGGGAGUAAUUGACCGACCAGAUCUCCUUGAGGGGAGAAAAUAAGGAAAAUAAUUACGCGAAGUGUAGUCGUGUGUACGUGAGAGAAUCGUGUAGAAUCUAUAUAGAUAAACGAACGGCAGAUGAUGAUGUAAAGCUAAAUAGGUUUAGAAACGACUACAGGCAGCAGCAACUGAGGUUUGAGAGAUAAUCACGAAGUUUUCUAUUCCAACAGACGAUAGCUUACCAGUAAGGAAUCGAAUUUGUAUUAGCGCAAACGGGGCCGAACUAAUCUAUAGAGAAAUACAAUUUAAUGUUUAUAUAAUCAAUAAACACUACAGCGCGCGAACUAAUGCGAGCGGCAGUGGACACGGUAAUAUGGGGAGCCCGUUUUACUUGACUUAUACACUAGAUAUGACUGUCUUACGGAAUUUUCAUUUCAUUGAAGCAACGUUGUAUUUGGUCAUCAUCAGAUGAAAAUAUAUUUUUUUUCACGUGUCAA